AGGAUCCGGGAGGGGGUGUUGGGAGGGGUGUUCCCUCACAGGCUCCAAUUCCCAGGCCUCCGAGGACCCUGCCCCCUCUCCUCGGGCUCAGGGGAAUUUUCCGUACUCCAGACCGGAACCGGAAGGUUCUCGAAGAGUGGAAAGGCGGGGCUAAAAAAAUCCAAAAAAAAAAGCGCGGCCCGAGCGCCAGGGAACGAGUGUCGCCGUCCCCGUUGUCACGUCUCCGUGUCACGGCCCCUGACCCCGCGCCUCCUCCCCGGCUCCGUAGAGGUCCAGGCCUCGGCCUCGAUGGACAUCACGGCCAACCUGAAGUCUUUGCUGCUGGCCAUCAGCCAGUACAAGGCAGUCAAGUCUGAGGCGAACAGCAGCCAGCUCCUGCGGCAUUUGGAGGUCAUUUCUGGACAGAAACUUACUCGAUGGUUUACAUCAAACCAGAUAUUGCCAAGCGAAUGCCUGAGCUGCCUGGUAGAGCUCCUUGAAGACCCAAAUUUAAGCACUUCACUAACUUUAAGCAUCAUCAAUCUGUUAUCUCAACUAGCUCUAGACAAUGAUACCAGAGAGUGGCUGCAGAACACUUAUAAUCUGAAUAGUAUCCUGGCAGGAGUGGUAUAUCGAAGCAGUACUGUUCGUAAUGACUCAGUAUCAUUGCAGUGCCUUCAACUCCUGCAGAAGCUGACCUACAGUGUCAAAGUUUUCCAUUCUGGUGCCAAUUUUGAUGAGCUAAUUACAUUCUUGAUAGGUCAUAUUCAAUCUCCUGAGGAUGAGUUAACAAUGUCUUGUCUAGGACUCUUGGCAAAUCUUUGUCGGCACAACUUAGCUGUUCAAACCCACGUAAAGUCUUUGAGUAAUGUGAAGACAUUAUAUCGUACUCUCAUUAGUUUCUUGGCCCACAGUAGUUUAACUGUGGUUGUGUUUGCACUCUCAAUAUUAUCAAGUCUAACAUUAAAUGAAGAGGUUGGAGAAAAGCUAUUCCAUUCUCGAAACAUUCAUCAGACUUUUCAGUUAAUAUUUAAUAUUCUUGUAAAUGGUGAUGGCACAUUAACCAGAAAGUAUUCAGUUGACCUGCUUAUGGAUCUUCUCAAGAACCCUAAAAUUGCGGAUUGUCUCACCAGAUACGAACACUUCAACUCAUGCCUUAAUCAAGUAUUAGGUCUUCUUCAUGGGAAGGACCCUGAUUCUUCUUCAAAGGUUUUAGAAUUACUUCUUGCCUUCUGUUCAGUGACACAACUGCGCCAUGUUCUUAGUCAGGCGGUAUUUGAAUCACCUGCUUCUGGUAACACAAGACUGGGAAACCAUCCUAAAUCUUUAGAGCCAACAGUUGCUCUGUUACGUUGGUCAAGCCAGCCCUUGGAAGGAUCAGACAACUGUUCUAUUCUAGCACUGGAAUUGUUCAAGGAAAUAUUUGAGGAUGUCAUAGAUUCUGCCAGCUGUUCCUCUACUGAUCGUUUUCUUGCCCUGCUGUUGCCCAGCAUUCUUGACCAGCUUCAGUUCGCAGAACAGAACCUUGAUGACCUACUAACAAGGAAAAAAUGUGAAAGAAUGGCUAAGGCCAUUGACAUUUUGCUUACUUUGUGUGGAGAUGAUAUAUUAAAAAUGCAUGUUGCUAAACUAUUGACUACCCUCAGAUGUACAACUCUAAUAGAACAACAGUUUUCAUGUAGCAAGAUUGACAUUGAGUUUGGAACAAAGGUAGCAGAUUCUGAACUUUGCAAACAUGCUGCAGAAGUCAUUUUGAAAACACUUGAUCUUAUGAGUAGACUUAAACAGUUGAUUCCUGGUAUGGAAGUCACUUUCUACAAAAUGCUUCAGGAUCAGCGUUUGAUUACUCCUUUAGCUUUUGCUUUAACAUCAGAGAAGAGGGAACAAGUACAAUGUGGACUUGGACUAUUACUGGAAGCUGCACCACUACCAGACUUCCCUGCUGUCCUUGGUGAAAGUAUUGCAGCAAACAAUGCGUAUAGACACCAGGAAGCAGAGCAUGUGCCCAAAAGAAUCCAUGUGCAAUCAGUAACUCCAAAUCUUUCAGCAUCUCUAAAGGGCUCAGCUCACCUUUCAAAUGAUAGCAUCCCUGGUUUAAACAUUCAGGACCUAAUACAGAAACUUCAGACUGGAAUGGAGAUGAAGGAUCAGAUGUCUGAUGUGAGAAUCUCUGACAUAAUGGAUGUCUAUGAAAUGAAAUUGUCUACAUUAGCAUCCAAAGAAAGUAGGUUACAGGAUCUUUUGGAAGCAAAAGCCUUAGCCCUUGCACAGGCUGAUAGAUUGAUUGCUCAGUAUCGUUGUCAAAGAACCCAAGCUGAAUCAGAAGCGAGGACCCUUGCUUCUAUGUUGAGAGAAGUUGAGCGAAAAAAUGAAGAGCUUGGAGUGUUACUGAAAUCACAGCAGGUUGAAUCAGAACGGGUCCAGAGUGAUAUUGAGCAUCUGUUUCAACAUAAUAGGAAGUUACAAACUGUAGCUGAAGAACACGAAGUGCUGAAAAAGUCCUAUAUGGAACUUAUUCAGAGGAGUGAAGCUUUUGAAAGGAAGAGUAAAGAUUUACAGGUCACAUGUGAUUCUCUAAACAAACAAAUUGAGACAGUGAAAAAGUUGAAUGAAUCACUCAAGCAACAAAAUGACAAAACAAUUGCUCAGUUAAUGGAAACAGAAGAGCAAAGAAAAGAAAUACAGAAUCAGCUAGUGGAGAAAGAAUGUGUAAUAGCAAACUUACAACAAAAAACAAAGGCAUAUGAGGACAAACUGAGAACUCUGCAAAAAGAAAGAGAAGAUAGGGAAGAAACUAUUGAAAUUCUGAAAAAAGAAUUAAGUAGAACGGAGCAGGCAAGAAAAGAAUUAAGCAUUAAGGCUUCGUCCCUGGAGGUUCAAAAGGCACAACUGGAAAGUCGUUUGGAAGAGAGAGAGACUCUGGUAAAACAGCAGCAAGAGGAGCUGAACAAGCACUCUCACAUGAUAGCGAUGAUCCACAGCCUGAGUGGUGGAAAAUUGAGUCCAGAGACAGUGAACCUCAGCCUCUAGCUGGCCAAGGGCUUGUGGGCUCAUGGGGUGUGUGUGUGUGUGUGUGUGUCUGUGUAUGUAGGUAUUUAUCUCUUGCCCCCCAGAAAAGGUCAAUAUUGACUUUAAAAUGACAAGGAAAAUUAUUAACUAUUUUCAGUCUAGUAAAGAACCUGAUAAAAUCCAUGUGCGUAAUGUUUGACCUUUUGAGUGGAACAAAUUAAAACACUUUUCUGAUGAUUUUAUUCUGACCAAACUGAGAGGCAUCAUGGCAUAGUGGAUAGAGGACUGGCGUUGGAGUUGGGAAGACCUGAGGUCAGGUCCUGUUUUUGACACAUAUUUGCUGUGUAACCUUGGGCAAGUUACCUAACCUCUCAGUGCCCUCCUAUAGAAGUCAUAAAAUAUGAAUUAUAAACAAGUUGCUAAUCUACAACAGCUUUCCACUGAUGAAAUUACAGGUCUGGAGCAAAAAAAGAAAAAAAAAUGGUUGACUUUAUGGAUGCAGUAAUUGCUGUUUUGACUCUUUAUACUUAUUUUCUUCCCUUUCUCCAUUUUUUAAUGCAUUGCUCUAAAUGCAAGUUAAAUGCAUAUUUUUAUCUCUAGUCAAGGUAUAGAAAUUUAAAAUGUCUUAGAAUUUUAACCAAAUCAAAUGCAUUUGAACAAUUCAUAAAUUAUAACAUGUUAGCCUAGUAAUGGCUAUUUUAAGAUAUAAGGAAUAAAUACAUAUAUGUAUUUAUGUGCACACAUAUAUACAGUUUUUAAACUUAUAUGGCAUUGAUGUCUACAAUAAGGUGCUUUGAAAAAUAUUCUAUAUAUGUAUGCUGUGUUGUUCUUGGUGAACAUAUUUAGAGAAAGUUUGCAUUUUAAAUAUAUGUAUUUUAUUUAUUACACAAAACAAAAUAGAAUUACUCUUGACCAGGGUUUUGCCCAAGGCCUGGGGAGAAAAGCCCAAGGCACUAGGAAGAAUCAAUCAUUGAGCUUCAGCAGAAUUUAAAGGAUUACCUAGCUCACGGCCUCUAUUACUCUGGGUUUAACACUUAUACUAUCAUACUUUUAAUUCUAACAUCCAUGACCAUUUCCCCCAAGUUUUUCCCAUUUCAGAAAGGGAUAUAUCUAAACCAUAUGAGAUGGUAGUUUCCUUUUUCUGUAGAUUUCAGGGACAGAGAUGCCACAUCCUUUUUUGAUAGGCUGUAGGUCUUCCAUGUGCCACAAUUUCAGCUCAUUUCUCCCUGUUGUGUUUUCAUUAGGUAAAGGUAAGCUUUUGAUGUGUAUAAUAUUAAUCACUGCUUAUCUUCUUCCCCUACCCACAUCUUUCUGAUUUUUCUAUCCCUUGUUAGGAUUCUCUCUUCUGUUUUCGAAGAGACCAAGAAAAAAAAAUAACCCAAAUGUGUGUUGGUUAUGUGAUGAUUUUCAGUUACUUCUACAACUGAAGGCAGCAUCAGCCAAGUCAAACAUUAGUUCUAGCCAAAAACAGUUUUGUUUUGCUUGCAUCCUAAAGCUCAAGACUUCAGUUUUAUGUUUUCUUAUCAGUAAUAUUUUUAACAUUUUUGAACAAUUAGUUAAAUAUAUUUUUCUAAAUUUUCCUCUUGUAUCCCUUCACUGAUAACUACAGAUGGAUUGAAAAAAUGUUUCCUGGACAAGAAAAAACCCCCACCAACCCUCAGUAAUGAUUUCUUUGUCAGUAUUUGAACUAAUAACACAACUCCUUUUACCUUCUUAAGAAUUUUAUCAGUAUUAAAACAACUUUAUUUUUGUCUUUAAAAGAUGAGAUCUUUUUUCUGAUAUGACAUUUCUCUUUUUGGCACUUCUGACACCUAUUCCAUUGCUAUGUGCAUAUUAGAGGUUAAGAAGCACUCAUGAAAGACAUUGUAGCAGGGAAAAAUAAUGAUUCAGUUUAUGCCUUACGAUUCUAUUUGCACGACUGUUGUGAAGACUUGUAUUUUUAGAAGCCAUAGUAAAUGAAAAAUGGCCUCUAAUUUUCCCUGUGCUUGCUUUAGAU